GGAGGGGAGGGGAGGGGAGGGGAGGCAGGGAAGGGAGGAGGAGCGGGCCGAGCGAGCCCUGCCCUGCCCUGCCCGAGCCGAGCCGAGCCGAGGGCAGGAAGGCAACGGACGGUUGACGCCCUGCCCCACCUCGACCGGCCCGACGCUCGCCGUGCGAGGAACACGAAGAAAGUACGUCGUCUGCUGGUGCCCGAAUAGGGGGAGGAGGAGGAAGAGGGGAGGGGAGGGCCAACCCGAGGCGAGGGGGAGGGCAGCACUCUGUGCUCCGCUCAGCUCAGCAGCAGCUCUGGGCCCUUGCUUUUUCCUUGCUUCGCUCCCCUCCCUCCCCUCGACUCGCGUCUCAGCGGCCUCUGUUGGAGCUUUCCUGUUGGGGGCAUGAGUGAGCUCUCGAGAGAAAGCGAGCGGAGUAAUGAAUCGGCUGAGAUUCGGGGCCAGACUUGGUCUGGAGCAGGAGCAGCAAAGCGAAGCCUCGUUCCGCACCAUCCACCUCCUUCUGAGCAUCAACUGCAGCCAGCAUCUGGUGCUGCUGCAGCAACAGCAGCAACAGCGAGCGAGGGAUCAUCAAGCGAGCGAAGGAGGAAACCAUAGCUGCCGAGGCUGGGGAUGCGUAGCGUAGUGCGCCGAGAAGAGGGGAGGGUUCAUAUCGAUGCAAGAGCGUCGGACCGGACUGGAUUGGAUUGGAUUGGAGCGGAGUCCAGUUCAGUGAGCGCUUGAGUCUCUGAGAGAGAGAGAGAGAGAGCGAGAGUGAGAGAGAGAGGGAGAGGUAGGGGCGUGAUUGAGCAACAUGGGAUGGAUGUUCGCUUGUGCGGCAGCGGAGGAGAGAAGACUUCGCUGGAUUUUAAAGCGACGAGGACAUUGACAAGGAGGAGGAGGAGGAGGAGCGGGGAAGAAGGGAGGAAGCAAGCUCGAGAUUGAGGGAGAAGGGCAGCAGCAGUUUUUUUUUCGUGAGAUAGGAGGGAGGGAGGGAGGGAGAGAGAAAGAGAGAGGGAGGGAGGCAAGGAGGGAGGACGAGCAGCGUGUCGGUCGGUUACAGAAAAUAGGACAAGAGAGGAGACGGGACUGAGGAUGUGAUUGUGCGGGCUACCUACUAGGGAGUUGGGAGUUGGGUGGUGGUGCCGUUCGAUUUGUAUGACGACGACGAGGCGUGUUAUAGUUUAAUAGAUUUUAUUUGGUUUCAAUUUUUUAAUUGGCCUUUAUUCACGGGUACCCGAAAUCGGUGGUGGUGGUGGCGGGGGGUUGUAUUGUGCAUCUCCAUGUUCUGUGUCUGUUGGUGGUUGAUGGAGCUGAUAGACAGAUAGAUAGAUAGAUAGAGAGAUAGAUAGAUACUCACUCACAUAGAUGAGGCGUCUUGAUCCUCCUUCGAGUUCUUUCUGCGCUGCUGCACUUCACCAUCAGCUCCCUCACCUUGUCCAUCCUCCCCCUCCUCCUCCUCUUGUGCUUGUUCUUGUUCUUCCUCUGCCUCUCCUUGUUACGCUUUCUCUUCUUGCACCUCUUGUUUUGUGACCCGAGCCGCCUGUGGGGUGCUUGCUUGCUGGCGGGGCUGGGCUGGGCGUUGCUGUGCAGUGAUUGGCUUGGCUUGGCUGGUGGCUGGCUGGCUGGCCGUUUGGAUCGCCUGGCAUUUGGGCGGGGUGGUGAUCUCAGUCACCCAAAGUGGCGGAUUGGGUUCUUCCAGAUUUUCUUACAGAUUUAUACCAAGCUGUAGCAAUGGGGAACACAAACGUGAGAAGUCCGAAGGAACAUUCAGGGAUCGAUCCAGGUGUACCCAAUUCGCAUGGAGCCGCUGGACAGUCUGUCCACGGUGGGGAUCCCGGUCGAUUAGGGGCGAUGGCUUACGGCGAGAGUAUGCUGCAGAGUCCUCCAGAUAGCCCUAGUAGUGUCUCGCGCUCUCCUCUGAUGUUCACCCCGCAGAUACCAAUGGUCCCCAUUGCCAAAGCCGACGAAUUCACAUUGGGGCCUUAUCAACCAGGCAUGUAUGAACACCAUGGGCAUGAGAUGAUGCAACAGGAGAGAGGAAUUCCGACCAUGAUAGUGUGGAGCCACGGGGGAAACAAUGUGGCCGUCGAAGGAUCGUGGGACAAUUGGACUACAAGGGAGCCGCUGCAAAAGGCGGGAAAAGAUUUCACAAUUGUCAAGAUCCUUCAGUCUGGAGUCUAUCAGUACAGAAUUAUUCUGGAUAAAGACUGGAACUAUCCACACGAGGUGCUGUCGAAGGUCAACAACGUGCUCGAUGUGCAGGAUUACGUUCCAGAGAAUUUGGACAGCGUAGCCGGGUUCGAACCACCGCAGUCCCCGACUUCCAGCUACAACGACACCUUCCCGACUCCAGAGGACUUCUCCAAGGAGCCGCCCAUUCUACCCUCGCACUUGCACCUGACCCUUCUGAAUGUUCCUCCGCUCGAAGAGACGUCCGGCGCUCUGCCUCGUCCACAGCACGUGACGCUCAACCAUCUGUACGUGGAGAAAGGCAAGAAUCUGCGCUCGGUGCUGGCUCUCGGGUUAACCCAUCGCUACCGAUCAAAAUACGUCACGGUCGCCUUAUACAAGCCCGUGCACAAGUAAUCUCACCAUCACUCCUGACAACUUUUGUGCAGUACGUAGCCGCCUUACGAAAUUGUGUAUAUUAUUGGGCAUGGUCACAGGAAGAUGACGUCCCGCUGUCUCCGAACACCCGAAGUCACCUUCUGCUUCGAGGAGGAAGGUGAUGUGUAUCAUUUGAGAUGUGCAGUUCACGCUCCGAGAGGAGUAGAGGUGAAAGUAGGAUUAGGGGUUGAAGAAAUCCGUCCUCAGCAUCCGUCCCAGGUCUUCUUCGUGACGAGCAGAAUUGAGAUUCUCGAAGGUUGGGAAGCAAGUCCUUUCUCUGCAUCGUUCAUUUUGCCACCUUCCUGUCCGAGUGUGGCCGAAUCAGAUGUUUACCAGCUUGAGCUGGAUCGAAAGAGAGUGGCAGAGUCUGAGUUGUACAUUUCUCACGAGGUCUGUGCCAUGGCAUUUUGAGUCACCGUUCAUCAGGUCAUUUCGACCCUAUAUCAUCAUGCGAUCGAGUGAUCUAGGGGAUUCGAACCUUCCUGUGCUGAACGAACUGCGAGUCCUGCGGCGCGUACGAGGUUGAGUUUCCAUUUCCAUCUCCGUCGACCGGAGAGUCUAGGUGGCUGCGAAAUGCACUGGACAGGUCCGUAGUUCUCUCUGCAAGCUUACUGCAGUGCGGGUGUACUCUUUCACCUCGCACUCGGGAACGAUCAGCAUGGACUGCUGCUAAGGUUCUGCUGUUCUCGCCAGUUGAGACAUCGAGAGACGUGGAGUUUUUCCAGCUAGUUAUUAGGCUCCCAUCCCGUGGGAAAAUUCUCUGUAGCUGGCCGUUGAGUGCAAAUGUUACAUGAAGAUUUACCUUCUGUUAAUACCUCUUUUAGAGGAUCAGUUACUCAGGGUCCUGUGUUUCUGCCUGCUCGAUUAGGUACUCUCCUGCUCGUUUGUCCGCCGCUUCACGUCUUGAGUUGCUCCUUUGAUCCUAGCUCCACAUAUCCAAUUCUCUUCCGUUACUGCCCCCCUUGGUGCCCCAGCUUCUCUCGGAAGGAGGCGUCCAGAUGUGCGUCCCUCAUUUUUCAAGUUCGCUCCAGUGGCCCAUAUUGUUUGGCUCAACAUGUAGACACACGUAGGAAGAUUUGAGGGAUGCUGAUCAAUGUCAGUAUUUUGACUACGAGAUGGGCAUUUUCUGAUACCUGCUUUUUAUCAUAAAUUACUGUGUACAUCAUCCACGUCACUCACAUUUUGCGCUUUUCCACCGAAGUUACGUUUCAAUAUUCUACCGUCAGUUGGCACCUGGCGUCUAGUUCUACGAUCUGCAAAAUCCCUUCGACAUAAAGCUCACGAUACCCCUGUCGGAGAUUGUUAACUCUACACGACUUCGCCCAAACCGCACGUCUGAGGUGCAUUUGGAGAGAGUCUAUUCCGCUACUCGUACGAAACUGGAGAACGGCGGUGGGCCCUGUUUUUGGGUUGCGAAGUAAGCUGGAAGAAUGAAAUAUGGAUUAUCUCACAGUAGAACGAGAUUUAAACUCACGGGAUCCAGAGCCUUUGGCAAAGUUCGUCGACGGAGUGACAGUUGCCAAUGAGUCGUCGUAAUGAGUGUUCAAAGACAAAGGAACUGCAGGGUACAUGUAACGCAACGAGCAAUGUCCUACGAUAUUCUGAGAGAUGGUGAGAGGAGGUUAAUCUGCACCCUUGGCGUGAUGCGAUGCUAUAGCUCUUCAAACGGAGUACAUCAUGCAAUUGCCAUCAUCACCGGCGAUCACAAGGUGCCUGGGCCCGGCAAGGGAGAUACACCGCACAGCUCCGUCGUUCGUGGCUCCGAGCCCAUACAAGCAUCUGCCGUUUGUCAAGUCAUGAACGAGCAGCUUGCCAUCGCCCGCCCCACUCCACAUUAAAGG